AUGAAGGGAUUUACACAGAAAAGAGAUUUACUUACAGAGGUUCGAUAUGUGAAACUUGAGUUUGUAGCUCUCGACGGGCAUCAUAUUCUUGCCAAACAGAAACGUCCUAUUGUAUGUUCAAUAUCUAUCUAUCUAUCUAUCUAUCUAUCUAUCUAUCUAUCUAUCUAUCUAUCUAUCUAUCUAUCUCAUUCUGUUCAUAUCUAUCAUUCUAUUUAUCGAUCCAUCUAUCUGUCUAAUUCUGUUCAUAUCUAUCUAUCUAUCUAUCUAUCUAUCUAUCUAUCUAUCUAUCUAAUUCUGUUCAUAUCUAUCUAUAUAUCUAUUUAUCGAUCCCUCUAUCUAUCUAAUUCUGUUCAUCUAUCUAUCUAUCUAUCUAUCUAUCUAUCUAUCUAUCUAUCUAUCUAUUUAAUUCUGUUCAUAUCUAUAUAUCUAUUUAUCGAUCCAUCUAUCUGUCUAAUUCUGUUCAUAUCUAUCUAUCUAUCUAUCUAUCUAUCUAUUCAUUCUAUCUAUCUAUCUAUCAUUCAUCUAUCUAAUUCUCUAUCUAUCUAUCUAUCUAUCUAUCGAUCUAUCUAUCUAUCUAAUUGUGUUCACAUCUAUCUAUCCAUCUAUCUAUCUAAUUGUGUUCAUAUCUAUCUCUCUCAUUCUGUUCAUAUCUAUCUAUCUAUCUAUCGAACUAUCUAUCUACCUAUCUAUCUAUCUCAAUCUGUUCAUAUGUAUGCAUGUAUAUUUGUAUGUAUCUAUCUAUCUAUCUAUCUAUCUAUCUAG